CCUAUCUUCAAACACUGCCCGCUUAUCACCUGCCGAAAUGUUGUUCUCUACCGCCCUGCUGGCACUCCUCCCGGCAGUCCUCGCGGCCCCUGCUCCAUUGAUCCAACCCCGCGACCCGUCUGCUAAGCUCAUCCCAGGUAAAUACAUUGUCAAGUUCAAAGAUGAUUCCUCCGACGUCCUGAUCAGCAAGGCCCUUGGUGGUCGAAAGCCUGAUUACAUUUACAAAUCCAAAGGGUUCAAGGGGUUCGCGGGGGCUCUUGAUGCUGCCUCACUAAACAAGAUCAGGGGCCUCCCAGAGGUCGAAUACAUCGAACAAGACGCUUCCUUCACCAUCGGCUCUGCCGCCGAGCUAGUCUCGAAGCGGUAUCUCAUCACGCAAGCCAACGCCCCCUGGAACCUGGCGAGGAUCUCGAGUCAUACGCUUGGGUCGACGGUGUACAGGUAUGACAACAGCAGCGGGUUUGGGACUUGUUCGUACGUGAUUGAUACGGGGGUUCAGGUUACGCAUCCGCAAUUCGCCGGCAACGCCGUCUGGGGCACCAACACUGCCGGUGACGGGAUCAACACCGACGCCAACGGGCAUGGCACCGCGCUUGCCGGCGUCAUUGGUGCGCAGAUUUAUGGUGUGGCGAAGAAGACAAAGAUUGUUGCUGUCAAGGUGUUGGGUGCUUCUGGUUCGGGGACCACAUCAGGUGUAAUCGCCGGAAUGAACUGGGUCAUCCAAGACAAGGCCACUCGCGGCUGUCCAAAGGGUGUUUCGGCCAAUAUUGCGCUUGGGGGGUCCUUCUCCGCAGCUAUGAACAACGCUGUUGCUGCCAUGGUGUCCAACAGUGUGUUUGUGGCUGUUGCUGCUGGGGGGAGUAACACUAAUGCUGGAAACACAUCCCCGGCGAGCGCGCCGCAGGCUUGUACCGCUGCUGCGAGCACGGCGAGUGAUGCGAGGGCUAGUAGCUCGAAUUAUGGGGCUGUGAUUGAUAUUUUUGCGCCGGGGGAGAGGAUUUUGACGGCUUGGAUUAAUGGGGGGACGAAUACGCUUUCUGGAACGUCGUUUGCUGCGGCGCAUAUCACGGGCUUGGGGUCGUAUUUGUUUGGGCUGCCGAAUGCGAGUCAGACAGGGGCGAAUAUGUGUACAUAUAUUCAGAGCAUUGCUACGGUGGGUGUGUUGACGGGGGUGCCGGCGGGGACGGUGAAUUUGUUGGCUUAUAAUGGGUGGGAUUUGUUUACUUUCCCCUGAGGGUUGUCAGUGUC